UUUGUCGUAACCGUUUGUCAAUUGUUUUUAUUUAAUUUGACAUUUGGUCGUACGCGUUUGUUAAUUGUUUUAGUGCGUUUAUUGUGUAAAAUUAAAUUCCGAGAGUUAAAAACACACAUACUUUGUAGGUCAGGGUACCAAGUUGAUACACCUAUCAAGGUAUUUUAUAAUAUCUGUGUGUUGUUAUAAAACGUCAUUGUAAAGUGACUCCAAUAAUACGAAGGUAGAUAGAUAUACCACACGGCACAACAUAAGCGGCGAUACCAUAUAUUUUUGUUGCGUUCACGGUCAUAUUUUUUUUAUGUAUUGUGUAUUGUAGCGGAGAAAUAUUAUUAACAGCAGCAACUAUAUACACGGUGUUAAGUUGGUGAUCAGCGCAUCAAGCGUCAUUUUUAAUUAAGGACUAUUUUAGCAACGAUUAGGGGAGGUUUUUGUGCUUGGUGCGUGUUUAUUAAGCGUAUUACGAAUACCAACAGUUUUAACAGCACCAGUGGGCCAAUCAGCUAUGGAACUAAAUGGAAAACCAAGAUGGAUAAAUCCAUGUGAAAUAGAUCCAGCAACAUUAGUAAUGAAUGAAGAUAAUAUCACACAGCAUGCACAACUUAAAACGGUAUUGUUACAAACGGAAAAUGCAUUAAAUCAUGCAAGAAAAUUCCGAAAUGAAUAUGUAAAACAUACAUUUCAUGUUGACUUUAAUGAUCAUCAUAAUGCAUGGAAAACAUCAAUCAAUUAUGAAAAUUGGCUACCAAAAAUCGACAAAAGUUUAGGUGAAGGUACACCCGAAGAACAUCUUGCAAAUCUUGAGUUUGACACAUCACUCAAAGACAUUUACAAAUUCUUACAAGUAUUCGCUGUUGCAUUGGAACAACUCAUCUACGAUAUGAAAGUGGAAAAUGAACCAUUUUCACAAUACUUCGAAGAAGCAUUCGGCUUUGUAAACGCCGCCCUUUGUGAAUAUCAAUUCGUAAUGUUGGAACGUGGUGUUACACCACAUCCAGAUGUAACACGUGAAAUCAUGAGCGAUGAUCUACGCAAAAUUGCAUCAUCUACUGAACGUAAUUUACGUGAUUGGGUUAUCUUUCGUGAUUACAUGAAUACACUUGAAUAUGCUGUCGAAGUACUCAAUCAUUUAAAAAGUAAAUCACUUGAAGCUAAUUGAAGUGAUUGAAGUUGUGAAGUUAAAAAGUGUGUCAUAUCUCAUUGUUGUACUUUUUAUGUUAUGGAAAGGGAGUGUAUUGUGUGACUCCUUGGACAGUCUCGUUAUAUAGUGCCGUUAAAGAUUAUCCUGCCUAAUUCGUGUCUCAAUUUUUUAAAAAGCUUUAUUUGUUUUUAUUAAUCGUACCGUUAUCCCAUUUAUCCCUAAUUCCCAUAUCAUCAAUUUUUUAAUUUAAAAAAAAAAAAACUUUUAUUUAUAUACUUAAAGUAAAAAUUUUAUACACAAAGAUAUUAAUCCUUCAUUUUUUUCUCAUCCAUAAAAACAAUUCCUUCCCCAACCCAUU